GGGCCCGGCUCGGUCACGUUCGAGUCGGAGACGGGCGCGCGCCGACCGCGGCCUCGCGCGCGCAGCCGCGACCCGCCGGCCGAAGAGCCGCGCCGCGACAAACAUGGCGCCACCAGAGGUGGCGAGGCGCGGCCAUGCCAACACCACUCGUUUCUCACAGAGCCGACGGAUGUGAAGGAAAUGGAAACGGAUCUGCUUCGACUGAUGCACGGGUUCAACUCGGGCAGUCUGCGCGCCUUCGGGAAGGACGUCAGCAUGGAACAGAUGGAACAGAUCCGCGAGCAGCAGGAGCGGCUGGCGCGGCUGCACUUCGAGAUGGGCGCCCAGCAGGAGUUGUUCCCGCCGCUCUCCGAGGAGGGCCUCGGUCGCGCUUCGGCCAGCCUGCACGAGCUGAUGGCCCAGCUGCAGCAGCUGUCGUCCUCCAUCGAGAAGCUGCACACGCGCCACGAGCCGCCGGCCGCCCAGGAGCCGCCGCACGCCAACAGCUGAUGGCGCCGGGCGGAGACGGAGCCGGCGCACCGCGGCCAGUGUUAUAUCGCGCGCCCGCGUGAAGUCGAGGGAGGGUGUGAGGGCGCCUGGCCUCCAGCCAGAGCAUCGCCAGCUGGCGAUGAGAUGCGUGGCAGGCCGCAUGCCUGUCGCCAUUGUCGUCCCCCGUACUGCCCGCUGUGGGGCUGCGAAAUACGGACAGGCUGGACCCCAGUGAUCUAGGACUCAAUGUGAACAACGGUAUCUGGGGGGCAGUAUGAGUGUGAGAAGUGUAGUUAGUUGGUUGCAAGAUCAUCGUGCGGCAUACCCCGGUUGUGAACUAGGUUUCGACGGAUCGUUUCGGUGAGCUUCGGCUCAUACUUCAUGUAGACAUGUUUUCUGAGCCGAUGAUGUAAUGUAACCCCUCGCGCCCUUACCGCGAGCUCAAGACCAGGGGUCAGGGAAGCGUCGCUUCCCUUUUCAGGGAAAGCUUAGCAUAAAACCCGCGGCAACGCGAAAAAUAAUUGGCAUCAAAAGAGCGUUAUCUCUCUCUUUUUGUCUGCUCGACAGAAGUCUGGAGCAUCUCUGCUGGAGUUUGCUAAUCGCUUGCGACUACCAUCGAAAUAUGGCAAUUUUGAGUCAACUGAUCAUCCUCCCCUGAUCAUUCUUGGUGUCCGAAUGAUUGCCGGGCUUUGGGCCGGCAUGACAUGUACACCCAUUGCCAAGGCGACGACUUCCAGACGGAUAUCAGGUGACGUUUUUGUGCUAGCAGUGCCAAUCGACAUUUUCUGGUAAUAUUAACUGAUGCUGCUGGAUAACUUGACAACACGCGUUCGCUCAGGACAGGAUGGUGUCCAAUGCUAUUGCCCCAACUCAAUUGCUAGUCUUCACCAAUUGGCAUUGCAGCAUUCUUGCCAGCAUUCCAAGUUGAAUGAUUGGAAGUUUGGGGACGCGGCCUGGUGGGGCUGUCUCGCUGGUGAGUCAUCAUCCCCGCGCCAUCAUCACCUCAGUCGCGCCGUUACUGCCCCCUGCCGUGAGCUGCCCGCUGUCUUGCCGGCGGCGGAUCGGGCGGCGCCCGACACCCACCCCUAUGCGGUCCUCGGCCGGGACCUCCGGUAACCCCCGCCGCCCGAGAGCGAGCGGGGCCGGUCCUCGGGGGUCCGGCGCCCCCGCCCGGCCUCGCCGGAGGUCUUGGAGCCAGCUGACCAGCGUGUGUGUCUUGCCAAUCUGAGGUGUCGUCGGCCUCCGCGCGUGCGUAGCGCGCGGCGCUGUGACGGUUUGUACUUUGCUAUUGCCCCGAACGAAUGUCUUGCCUCGGCUUGGCGUGUGCCCAAACGAUGCCAUUUCGCCAUCUGUGCUGUUUUGCU